AUGAAAGGUAGUACUUCUCUAAUCAUUGCAUCGAGCACUCUGCUGAGCGCUACAAGUGGCCUGCAACUCAACAAGGGUCAUGAUCCUGCCGUCUUAUCAGUCAACUUUGAGAAAAGAGCAAGACACGUCUCCGACUCCCUUGGAAGGCGAGCCGACAAUGUCGUGGAUAUGUUUGUUGACAAGCAUGGCAUGCGGGUUUCAUACUGGGCGAACUAUACUAUCGGCACACCUCCACAGAACCUCUACGCUGAAAUGGACACUGGCAGCUCUGACCUACUUGUCCUGACGAAAGAGAUUGAAGCCUGCAAGAAGGAAAAAUGCAUCGGCAACAUAUUCAAUACCGUAAAUGGAGAAUCGUGGUCGGGAUACUACGCCAAGGACAAUUUCAACUUGGGCGAUGUCAAGCUCGAUAGCUUCCAAUUUGUUGCCACAGAUGUGUUUAACGCUACCGUCGCUUGCAUCGUAAGCAUUUUUGGUGUCGGACUUCCCAUCGGUCAACGUGCUGCUAAGAAGUUUCCCAGCCUUCCUUGGGCUUUGAGGAACGCCGGUGAGAUCAACACUGCUGCGUAUAGUCUCUGGCUCGACGACGAUCAAAGCGGUCACUUUCUCUUCGGCGGCGUCAACAAAGCCAAGUAUAAAGGGCCUCUCGUCACAUUCCCAAUUCCUGUGACAGCUCCCUCUGACGAUGAGCCCGAUAAGCUCCUGGUCGUCAUGGAAGGGUUUGGCACAACCAAUGAUGGUAGUUCCACCACGAUCGAGUUUUAUCCACGAUCCGUACUGUUGGAUACGGGCACCAUCAAGAGCCGCUUGACUGAAGACAUGGCACUGCAUGUGUUGGCAACCCUUGGUGGUGUUAUCUCGGAAACAUAUGGCGCCAUGGUACCUUGCGAGGAGAAUCCUAAAUACACCCUUGACUUUACCUUUGGAGAGUUGACUAUCAAUGUUCCCCUGGCGUACUUUACAUCCAAAUCCAACAACGUGGUCGGCAUUGAUGGUGUCUCUUACUGCUCACUCUUCUACGAUCCCAAAGCUACCUACAUCAUUCUUGGUGAUGAUUUCCUCAAGGGAGCCUACGUGGUUUUUGACCACGAGAAUAUGGAGAUCUCUUUAGCUCAGUAUAACCCCGAUGGAGAAAAAGAUGAUAUCCACGAGAUCGUCAAGAACGUUCCCGGGGCUACUAAAGCUAAGAUUAUCCCUAUGAAGUUCGACCCAUUUGAUGGCACUGCGAUGGGCGAUCCGACAUCAGUCCCAGCGGGACUCAAAACAGUUUCCAUGACCCUUCUCAGCAGUAGAACUGCCUCUGCAUCAAUGAUUGGUGAUCCCAUGUCCACCAACGCGGGUCUCUCAAUCGCUCAACCCACCGAGACUGGAGACGCCAAGGGCUCAGACGACGAAGACAGCGCGGCCGUGAGAAGUCUGCCAGGAAAAGUUAUGUCUAUAGUCGUUUUUGGUAUUAUCACUGGUUUGUUGUGUAUUUGGUAG